AUGGCCAACUCCUCGUCUCUCUUUAAAGCAUUCGUAGUGGGGUCCCCGGUCUGCAUACUCCUACUUAACGAAAUAAGAAGAGUGAAGAAUCUGAGAGACGACGAGAAGAUAAACAAAAGCUUGUUUAUAAAAAAUUUCCACAAAAGUAACUUUACCAAGAAGGGACAAAAUAAUGGAGAUGAUCAGAGUAGAGAACGACAAUUUGACCAAGUCAAUACGCGACAGGAGGGGGAAGAAGAAGCGCUGAACUACUUUUACGGAAAAGCAUGGGGAUACACCACAGAUUACGAAAUUGAUUUGAGCUUAAAUACAGGUGAUCUAAUUUUUAUAAAACACGACUUGGAAAAUGUAAGUUUAAUUAAAAAGGCUCUUCUAAAAAUGAAUAGAUAUGUGCAACAGAGAAGCAACAGCAAUAACAAUUUGGAGGAUUAUGACGAGGUUGGGAUAAUUUUAAAAAAACACAACAUCAGUUAUGUGUAUAUUCAAAAUGUCCUAAAUGGAAAAGACAAAUUAAUGCGUUAUUCUCACUUUCUGCAAAAAUAUAAACCCUCCGUUUUAUCUCUUAGAAGAUUUGUAACAGAUGAUGAACAUAUAAAAAAGGAGUUACAUAAAAAUAUUUUACAAAGUGUACAACGACAGGAACAAAUGAAGAUAAAUAGCUCAUCCAUUUUGUUUAAUCUUUUGCGUAAUCUGUGUAAGCAAAGGAUACUCCUACGUCGUAAUAUGAAUGACUCUCCUCAAAAAAAAGACUGCCUUUGUAAUGAUAGCCAUUCCAUGUGUAAACAAAUAAGUUACAAUAUAGACAUGAACAAUUUAAUUAAUAUGCUCAUCUUCCGAUCGUUUAAUUUGUUCUUUUAUUUUGUUUCGUACAUGAAUGAACAGGCGCUGAAAAGUAGUCCACUUUCCCGUGCGCAUGUUCUUUUGCAAAAUGUCUCCUCGGAUAAACAUAACAUAGGGAAAGAACACUCCUGCAUAAUUGACAAACAAAAUGGACUACAAGGUUAUGAGUUUUCACUGGGUAAUUCCCUGACGCAAUUUGAAUUUAUCGAGGGAGACUCUCAAAAAAUGAACCCGACUGAUAUCCCAGAUCGCAACAAGGCGGCAGGCAACUCUUACCACACACCCUCACGCGAAGUCGCCAAAGAAAUAGAGAACUUCCUCGCGCUCCUUCUCGAAAACGAAUACACACUGAUGGACACAACGGAGUAUAUGAACAAAGUGCUGAGGAAGGGAAGAAACCACCCAACGGUGAAUACCCACAAAGAAGGAGAGGUAAACCAUUUUGCAGAUAAAAUGAAGAAGCAAAUCGAAAAGGUUUCUUUAAUAUUUCAAAGAUUCUCUGUAACAAAUAAUCAUGUUUACGAAAUUUACAGAAAUACGAAUUUACUGCCUUCCAUAAAAAAUUAUGAUCCUCCACCUUCUCUUUUUUUAUGUUUAAACAAUUUUUAUAAACCCAUCAACGGGAAGAAUAUACAGCGUGAUACGUUCAGCGUACCCAAGCUGACGAACCUAUUUCACGUAAGGCAGGAGGAGACCGAGAAGUUACAGAGAUAUUUCUACCAGUUCAAUAGGGUGCCCAAAUCGUAG